GCGCUAGGACGCGUCCAAAAAGGGGGUCUUGCUGGGCGGCGAGGGAGGAGGGGGUGCGAGUGCUUCUAACACAUCUGUAAGCGGAGCCCACGUUCAUUAAUUAAAUGGCUUUAGUCCGGCUAGGCCUCAAUUUGCGCUGUUGAGCAGCAGGCGGCGGGCAGUGCAACACUAGAUGCCCGACUGGCAGCCUAUAAUCAGAGGGGAGGAGUCUGGAGAGGCGGUGUGCAGUGAAAGGAAUGGGGUGGCAGAGUGGUUGUGCCCCCUGUGCCAAAAAGGGCAAUCAGACAGAUCUUCCCUAUCUCUACAUCUCACCCAACAACACAGCGUGCUUUCAUCGUGUGUCGACAGGUUGCUGGAUAUUGCUGUUCUAAAACGGGCUGCCCGUGUAGACGAGGACAAAGGCGCUCACAAGUCCUCAGAUGCUGAGUCUUCACAACUGAAGCCUGCUGAAGACAUCACUUCAGACCCCUGCAAAUCUAUCAAGAGUUCAGACGCUACCCAGACGCUUGGAGACAAAGAGAUGGAGGAAGAGAGAAUAAUGGAACAGGAGGGAGGUGAAGCUGAAGCCGAGCCAGAAGAGGAGGGAAAUCCACUUACAGGAGCCAAACAGCAAAAUGCAACUGAAAACACAGAAAUCCCAGACGCUAGUGAAAAGUCAGUUGGUAAAAACUGUGUGCCAGCUGAAAAUAACACCCGUUCAUUCAAAUGUAAUGCCUGCUUGGAAAGUUUUCCCAGCAGAACUGCCUUGAGUGUUCAUUACAACUCUGCAUCCCACAUUCAGAGAAUGACAACAGGCUCUGGAAAACAAGGUGCAGAAAGUAGUCCCCAAACUCCUUCAGUUCCAAUCCUGUCUCGGCCAUAUAUAUCAAACAAACCCUACCAGUGUUCUGUAUGUCGAGUCUCCUACAAUCAUGCCAUCACCCUUGAGAGCCAUAUGAAAUCUGUCUUGCACCAGACCCGCAGCAGAAAUGCUGGAAUUGCUGCACAUGCUGCAAACAGCGCAGUGGCUGCUGCUGGUUUGAGAGGCAGCGCUGCCAACCCAGUAGUUACCACGUCGGAAAGUGGAAGCAGUCAGUCAGCUACCUCCACCAACUGUGCUGCUCCUGGGACGUUGAUGGUGACUGCUGCGAAAGAAGGCGAGCAGAUUCCAACUUCACAAGUGGCUCCCUCCCUCCUCACUUCCCCUGUGGCCUCAGCUCAGGCGGUCUCGGCCUUUCUCACCCUCCUCACUUCCAGUCCCAACACGCUGUCACACUCCCUCCUCCCCUCCCUGUUUGCAGCUAGUGCUGCUCCUGGUGCCGCUGCACCUCAGCUUGUGCCUCAGCCUCAAAUGGUCAUGCCCUUGAUCUUAAAUGGGCUCCAAGCCCAAACCCAGCAGCACCAAGAGAACCAGCAGGGCCAGCUCCUUACCCAGUGCGUGCCACUCGUAGGUCUCAGCACAGCCCAGCAAGCCCUUCUAACCCAAAGACUUAACAGCUUACAGAACCAGUGGCCCUCUGCAGGAGUUCCAACAAACAUACAGCUCUGUGGGGAAGAGCAAAAACAGACUUUAAAGAGUGAGAGAGAACAAAAAAGUGAGGCUAGAAAUGAGACUGUUGAAGAAAAGAUCUCUGAUCAGGUCAAAGAUGAGCAUAACCGUACUGCCCAGAAACAUAAGGAGGAGAACAGUACAGACGUUUCACAGUGUUCUGAUAUAGAAAGUAACAUAAAGGUUGAGAAUAAUGAAAACAAUGGGAAGGCACAUGAAGACAGCACAACAGAUGGAGACUGCUCAACAAAUCAGUUGGACCUGGAAGGUGAUAAAGCAGCUAGCCUGAAUCUCUCCCCAGCGGGCACAGAGAAGAGCCUCCGCAAUAACAACCUCUCCCCUUCUGCAUCUGUGCCCAGCAACUCGAGCCUCAGUCCUGUAAAUUUAAACCUUACCCUUAGUCCUGAUUCUACUCCUCAAAAAUCCCAAUCAGGCACAAGCCCAUGUGGCUCUCUUGGCACUCCAAAAUCCAGCUCAAGUACCAAUGCCUUAACUAACAGCCAAAAUCGUCUUCAUUGUAAUACAGUGGAUUCCAUUUAUCCAGACCUUCCAGUGCUUUCAGAGUUCCAGUCAGAGGUUCUCUGGGCCUUCUUUGAGUCACGUAGUGAGGCUGAUGCUGCAAGUCCUCCCCAUGAGGACUGUGAAGCGCUGGGCCGAGAGGUGGGUCUUUCUGAAGAAGAGGUUCGAAGGUGGCUGACCCAAGCUAGACACACAAAACAAAGACAGAGGGCGACAGAGUUGGAACAGCUGACCGGUGUUACAAGAAAUUGUCAGAGUUCUGAUAAUGACUAUGAUGACGAGGAAAGCUCACUCAUAAUAGCAGAAGGUGAGGAUGAUGCUGAACCAUUUAGUAAUCAGGCCAUGGAUUUGUCUAGUACAAGAGGGAAACGCAAACACAGGGAGUUGGGAAGGGAGGGUCAGGGAGAUUCCUGUCUCACAUCGGAUUCAGAGAAUGAGGUCUACACUUCUGUCAUUGUUUCAGAUGAGGAAAGUCAGAAUGGGUCUUUAAGAGAUGAUCCUGAAAGCCCUGCUAAAGACGAAGCACAGCGGGAGGUCCACGGCGAUAAGGGUUCAGUUGGAGGAAAGGUAUUGCGCUCCACGACUGUGUUUCUUUCCGAUGCAGAGGAUGAAUACGAAGAUGAGGAUGGCGGAGGUAGUCAAGGGGCCAAGAGAAAAAAACAGAGAGAGAAGUUUGAACAUGAUCUGGAGCUAAAAAAGGAAAGGCAAGACCCAGAUGUAGAUCUAGAGUUGGAGGCCCAAGGUGAUCCUCCAAGCUCACAGUCCAAUGCAGCAGAUCCCUCUGAAAUCCCAACUGGUGCUCUCCACUCACUUCCCUUGUCAUUCACUCCCUUUUCUACUCCAUUUCUUAGCCCCUAUGUUCUCUCCCUUACUCCUUCGGUGGUUGGGGAUGGAAGCAAAGUCCCCAUCUUUCCCAACCCACCAACCAUCACACGCUUCUCCAACUCUCUUCUCUCGCAAUCUCUCUUCUCACAAAACCAAACUUCCCACUACCUGUCCAAUGGUGACGACUGUGAGUCAGCUCUUGAUCUCAGCAUGGGCAAAAACAGCUCAAAGUCUGCUCUGUCCUCAUCUCUGGCUGAUACAAUUGCAGCACAGAAGGGACAGUUGCUGGACGGACUUGGCCUGAGGCCCACAUCCAAAGGUCUGGUAGUCGUCCAGGUUAAGCCGGAAUCUCUUACUGCCAUGCCCUCUUCUAACAAUGUUACAAACAUGGUCAACUGCAGUAAUGUGACCAAGUCUAGCAUUUAUAUGAGGCCUGGAGAAAAAAUGAACACCACACUAUUGGAAAGGGACCGAGAAAAGGAGAGGGAGCAAGAACAGGAGCAGAGGAAGUCCAAAGGAAAAAGGUACCGGGAUAUGCGUCGUUCAAGGACCAUCAUACAAGCAGAACAACUUGAUAUUCUGUAUGGCUGCUAUUUCAAAGACCCAAAUCCUGGGAAACAUGAGUUUGAACAGAUCUCAGAGUGGGUUCACCUUCCAAAGAAGGUGGUUCAGAUUUGGUUCCAGAACAUGAGGGCAAGGGAAAGAAAAGGCGAGGUCAGAUUCAUCGGCGACGGGACCUUGGCGGCAGUUGGCAAACCUCUCAUCAAAUUUACUUGGCCUCUUUCCAAACCCAUAUUCACUAACAAGCCUGCUACAAACAAUACCGGGGGAAUUACAACUACUCCGAUUGUUCGCACCCUCAUCAAGACAGAGAGGGAGCCUGUAAAUGAACUGGCCAAACAAGCGCCAGUUGUGAUGAAAAAAAUAUCCCCCGUUCCUAUAAAGCCGAAGGAGAUCGUUUCUUCCACCACAGCAUCUCCUGUGAGCAGCAGUGCUUCCGCAGUGCCAAAGACCACGCUCGAAACCACCAGCAACAUCACCAUGGUUAAAGUUGCACCCAAAGCAAAUACCCCUGUCCUCUUGGUGCCACCCAAGGAUUUGAUUCCAAUUGCCCCACGACCAGCCCUGAAACGAAAGCUAGAAGAUGAGAGUGAGGAAGAAAAGACCGAUGAGGAGCGGGAUAACGAAAAUGAGAUUGGUCUUGGACCAGGAACCACUAACCGCAUGGUGCCGAAGCUCCCCACAACUCCCAUCAACAACAGGCCUUCAGCCACAGCAGUGGUGCCACAAAAACAGAAUGGGCUGAACUACUGGACUUCCAAAGUCCCCAUUAAGAUCAACACUCUAUCAAGAGAACAACUGGCUCUUCCUACGCACACAGCUCCUCGUACCAUCCCCCCUCCUCCCACCCCCAGCAUUGCACCAGUCAGCCCUAACACCCCUAGUUCUGCCAAAGUGGCCAGCCCUUCCACCCCAUGUGUAGCUAAAUCAAGCCCAACAGAAAGCAGCUUUCUGCCCCACUCAUCCAGCCGUAGACCACGCACUCAUUUGUCCUGCCUACAACUGUCCAUUCUGCAGUCAUGUUACGAGACCUGUGCCCAUCCCAACGCCAUGGAGUGCGAGGCAAUUGGCACUGAGCUCAACCUGCCGCUCAAGGUGGUGCAGAUUUGGUUCCAAAACACAAGAGCGAAGGAGAAGCGCUGGAGGCUGCAGCAGGAGAAAAUGUCUCCUCUUUCAGGCGGGAAGGUAGACAUGAGCUCAGGAAGCUACCUGCAGUACAGCGCUCUCAAAGCCAAUCGACCCAUCCUGCCCAAGCCUGUUCAGCUAAUGGUUACCGAACCUCCAGCUUCCCCAGUGCCCGGUCAGCCGGUGCCAAAGGAGACCCUGACGGGGCGCUGUGAUGCUUGCAACGUCUCAUUUGAAUCCCGGGCUGCAGCAAGGGCCCACGUCUUCUCUCCGCGUCACCUGGCAACCCUGAGAACCACUAACUUUGGCCAGCCGACGGCGCUCGUCAACAAGAGCGGAACCAGCAGUGCUGCUCUUUCCACUACUGUAACCAGCUCUGGCGGUGGUUCUGAAGGGGAGAUAAUAAUCGAGUUGCCUCCAGCGAUGGCCACCAGCAACAGUUAAAGACUCAGAUCAGGAUUGGUCUGCACACUGACUAUUGUUGGACCCAUUUGGGCUCCUCAGAUUUUAAUAAACAGAUUUGAGCACUAAUCCUCAAAAACUAA